AUGAGAUGCCAGGUGUCGGAAUCUCAAGCAUCCAGCUUGGCAGUUGAGUCCCUUACAAGAGAAGAGAUGGCAUCAUAUAUUGGUUGCUGCUGCAAUUAUUAUUGGAAUGCAAUGCAGUGCAGUGCAGGAGGAGAAAUUAUAAUAAUGAAGGGAGAGGAAAGGAAGGGAGAGGAAAGGAAGGGAGAGGGGAAUCCAUGGAUGGAUGGAUGGAUGGAUGGAUGGACCAUGGUGUGGUCCAUAUGCUAUGACUCCAUGGAAUGUGGGAAAUGGGCUUUUGAUGUGUCUGAUGAUGAUCUGAUCUGA